AUGAGUGACGACUUCCUACGACUUGUAUCGCAGGCGAACCCGGCCACUCGACAAUACCAACCUGCAAAUAAUGGAUACCCACCUUCAACCAAUACGCCUUACUCUGAUAAUAAUUCGCCGCAACUAUUAGACCCAUUCUUCGACGAUGAGGACGACAACGUACCGGACUCUGCUUUCGGCCGGCCGCAAGCCAUGCAGUCACAGGAGAGUGGUCUUCCCCUUGCUCGUUCUGCCGCACCACCCGCUGGAGCGGGUCCGUCAACAUCAAGUUUGCCCGAGGGCGGGACUCAAGGUUGGGAUGACGAUGACUUCGAAUUUCAGCCUGCGGGGUCCGGAAAUGCCUUUGCAGGCUCGAGUUCGUUUCCUGGAGAGCCAAAGAGAAGUAGUCCGUUGCAGAAAGCAAAGAAGUGGGAAUGGAAAUGGCCGUGGAAGAAGGAAAAGGAAUUGACGGGGGAGCGGAUUAUUGCCCUCAACAAUCCUGCACUGAACUCGGAGUACUGCUCAAAUUUUGUCUCGGCCAGCAAGUACAACCUAGUGACCUUCUUGCCCAAGUUUCUGUUUGAACAAUUCUCUAAAUACGCCAACCUCUUCUUCCUCUUCACCGCUUGUAUCCAGCAGAUACCAGGGGUGUCACCGACGAACCCGUAUACUACUAUUGUACCUCUAGCGGGGGUAUUGCUUGCAUCAGCCUUCAAAGAGGUCCAGGAAGACUUGAAACGGCAUCAAUCUGAUUCAGAACUCAACGCCAGUAAGGCCAAAGUCCUGGCACCGGGUGGCAGUUUCGAGGAGAAGAAAUGGAAGGAUAUCAAGGUCGGGGACGUAGUGCGCCUGGAAAGCAACGAUUUCAUACCAGCCGAUCUCGUCUUACUGAGUUCAAGUGAGCCAGAGGGUCUUUGCUACAUUGAGACGUCGAAUCUUGAUGGAGAGACGAACUUGAAGAUCAAGCAAGCUUCCACCCACACUGCUUCCCUCACUUCACCUUCACUCGUCCUCAAUCUCAAUGGCUCCCUCCGCUCAGAACAACCCAAUAACUCUCUGUAUACUUACGAAGCGACAAUGGACCUAGUGACUAACACCGGCGCGCCGAAGCAAGUUCCUCUUGGGCCAGAUCAAAUACUACUUCGCGGGGCACAGAUACGGAAUACACCUUGGGUUUACGGUAUUGCUGUGUUCACCGGACAUGAGACGAAGCUUAUGCGUAAUGCUACGGCGGCACCAAUCAAGCGAACGGCCGUGGAACGUCAGGUCAAUGUACAAAUUGUGUUUCUGUUCAUCCUACUGCUAGCUCUAUCUCUUGGGUCUACGAUAGGCAGUAGUAUUCGAUCGUGGUUCUUCUCCAGUCAACAAUGGUAUCUAGUCGAGACGGUUUCGUUGUCGGAUCGAGCCAAGGAGUUCAUCGAAGAUAUCCUCACCUUCAUCAUCCUGUACAACAAUUUAAUUCCUAUCUCCCUCAUCGUCACCAUGGAAGUCGUAAAAUUCCAACAAGCCCAGCUGAUCAACUCCGACCUCGACAUGUAUUAUGUGAAAACUGAUACUCCAGCUCUUUGCCGAACUUCGUCGCUCGUUGAGGAGCUGGGGCAGAUCGAAUAUGUCUUCUCGGACAAAACGGGGACCCUCACUUGCAACGAGAUGGAGUUCCGAUGCUGUAUUAUUGCGGGUGUGGCGUACGCGGAUGUAGUUGACGAGUCGAAGAGGGGCGAAGAGGGUGACGGUCAAGACGGGUGGAAGACAUUUGCCGAGAUGGGAGCUCUCUUACAGGAGAGUGCCAAUCCUUUCGUCAACGUUGCGGAGAGUGCGAGUAACAUGGCGUCUGGGUCCCAAGAGAAGGAAGUUAUCAAAGAGUUCUUGACUCUGCUGGCUGUUUGCCAUACCGUUAUUCCUGAAGUGAAAGACGGCAAACUUGUCUAUCAAGCUAGCAGCCCGGACGAGGCGGCGCUUGUCUCGGGCGCUGAGCUACUUGGAUACCAGUUUCACACUCGGAAACCGAGAUCGGUAUUUGUGAACAUCCAGGGGGAGAGCCAAGAGUUCGAAAUCCUCAAUGUUUGCGAAUUCAACUCAACACGGAAGCGCAUGUCCACAAUCGUACGAACGCCCCAAGGAAAGAUCAAGAUCUACACCAAAGGCGCUGAUACAGUCAUUCUCGAGCGGCUAAGCAAGAACCAGCCGUAUACAGAGAAGACGCUUGCUCAUCUGGAGGAAUACGCCACUGACGGUCUUCGCACGCUCUGCAUUGCUUGUCGAGAUAUCCCCGAGCAGGAAUACAAGCAAUGGGUCUCCAUCUAUGAUCAAGCGGCUGCAACCAUCAAUGGUCGCGGUGAAGCACUUGAUGAAGCCGCUGAACUUAUUGAGAAAGAUCUCUUCCUCUUGGGUGCAACGGCUAUUGAAGACAAGCUCCAAGACGGUGUCCCUGACACCAUUCACAAUUUGCAGAUGGCCGGUAUCAAGGUUUGGGUUUUGACGGGUGACAGACAAGAAACGGCUAUUAAUAUCGGGAUGUCGUGCAAGUUGAUUUCGGAAUCUAUGAACUUGGUCAUAGUCAACGAAGAGACGAUGCAGGCUACCCAAGAAUUCUUGGAGAAGAGGCUGUCGGCCAUCAAAAGCCAACGAAGUACUGGGGAGCUUGAAGACCUAGCGCUCAUAAUCGACGGGAAAAGUCUCACAUUCGCUCUUCAGAAAGAGAUGAACAAGACAUUUUUGGAACUGGCGAUUAUGUGCAAAGCUGUCAUCUGUUGUCGUGUCUCUCCAUUGCAGAAAGCUCUUGUCGUCAAAUUGGUAAAGAAGAAUCAGAAGUCUAUUCUACUCGCCAUAGGUGAUGGUGCCAACGACGUCAGCAUGAUUCAAGCUGCCCAUGUUGGUGUUGGUAUUUCUGGUGUCGAGGGUUUGCAAGCUGCACGUUCAGCAGAUGUUGCUAUCUCCCAAUUCCGUUUCCUUAAGAAACUCCUACUUGUUCAUGGUGCUUGGAGUUAUCGACGCUUAUCGAAGCUCAUCCUCUACUCGUUCUACAAGAACAUUGUCCUGUAUAUGACACAGUUCUGGUACUCGUUCUUCAAUAACUUCUCCGGACAAAUUGCCUAUGAAUCAUGGACGCUCUCUUUGUACAACGUCGUGUUCACCGUAUUGCCGCCACUCGUCAUCGGGGUUUUCGAUCAGUUCGUGUCUGCCCGAAUUCUGGAUCGAUAUCCGCAACUGUAUAUCCUCGGUCAGAAGAACGCGUUCUUCACCAAGACAGCAUUCUGGUUGUGGGUAGCUAAUGCUCUCUACCACAGUCUAAUUACGUUUGGGUUCUCCGUCAUUCUGUGGUGGGGAGAUCUCAAGCAAGCUGAUGGACGCGACACUGGCCAUUGGUUCUGGGGUACAACACUUUACCUUGCAGUCCUAUUGACGGUACUUGGGAAGGCAGCGUUGAUAUCCGAUAUCUGGACGAAGUACACUGUUGCUGCUAUCCCUGGUUCAUUUGUCUUCACGAUGCUUUUUCUUCCCUUGUAUGCAGUAGUCGCCCCUGCCAUCGGCUUCUCAACAGAGUAUUCUGGCAUAGUCCCAAGACUCUGGACAAAUGGUGUCUUCUACUUUGUUCUCCUCCUUGUUCCCAUUGUCUGUCUGGCGCGUGACUUUGUAUGGAAAUACUACCGAAGGACAUAUAUCCCUGCGUCAUACCACAUUGCACAGGAACUACAAAAGUACAAUAUUCCGGAUUACCGGCCCCGACAGGAACAAUUCCAGAAAGCCAUCAAGAAAGUUCGCGCGGUGCAGAGAAUGCGUCGCAACCGUGGCUUUGCAUUCAGUCAGACAGAAACGGCGGGAAAGCAAGACCAAGCGCGCCUCAUCCGAGCCUACGAUACAUCAAAAACGGAUGCCCGGCCGUCAGGGUAUUGA